UUUCAAAUCAUAUGGAAAACACAUUUUGUUUUUAUCCUCCACUUAAACAACAAAGCAAAAUAGAUAUACAAUUCAAGACAUUUUUAGCCCCUAAAUUUCAAAUUUAACAAUGACAAAGAAUCUUAAAAAUUUAGUCGAUUCUGCAUUCAAGGGAGGGAAAACAAUAGGAUAUGAACUAGACAUCUGGAUAGAAAGCAAAAAACAUAACAUUGUGAAUUUUGUGUUUGCAAAUCAGAAAAUUUUCUUUAGCAACACAGCUGCUCAAAACUGGAAAACCCAGCCAGCACAGAUGUCUUCCAUUACUGAAAACGUUGGGAGAGUAAAAAUGCAAGAAAUUGGUGAGUUUACUUGGGAUAGACUUCCCCAUCUUGCAACCCAGGUGGAGAUAUACAACCAUACUCCUUACUAUCAAUUCCAGGAGGUGAAGGGCAAUUACAAUAUCCAGGACCUCAAUUAUUCCAUAUUUAAAAAAGCUAGUGUUAACCACAAAGAAAUUGCAGAAAAGACUAAAGAUCAUACAUUAAACAUAAGGAGCUAUUACAGAAACAGGUGGAUACAAGAACAUAAGGAAAAAAGAAAAGACAAUAUCACAAAGCAAGCAGUCAAAAUAUCACCAAAAGGGCUGGCUGUGGUGAACAGAUCAUGGCAGGCUCCUCACGAAGCAUCGAUAUACAGAAAACUAGUAAGCAAGCAAUUUUUUGAUGAAGAAAGUAAAGGCUACGAGGGUUCGAACAAGUUGGACGAUUUGUCCGAAUCCAAGAAAGAACACUCGAGACCGGAUCAAUUAAAUAAAAACCUGUGCAAUAACAUGGCCAAACAAAACUUGGAAUUUUCAAAACUGAAUUCACAAAAUCAUUAUUACCAAUGGAUUAAGUCAGUGUCAACCCAGGGCAGUCUGUUUCCAGUUACACAGAUGAUGAAUUGUACUCAUCCUAAAGAAGAAAAAGACAUAUCAGACACGUUGGGCUCUAAGAGCAUAUCUAAUCCACAGUAUGAUGUGGUAAUAAUUACUAAUCCAAAAAAUACGACUCUAAAUACAAAAGAACUUGGUGAAGAUGCCAUGAAUACAACUUCGGUACAACUGGAGAAGGAAACGUCUAUUGAAAAAAAUGUUAUAAGCAUAAACUAGGGGCCAAAAGUUACAAUUAAACCAAACAUAAAAUGUUAGCCUUGGCUAAUCCACACAUAAUUGUAACCGAUGUACUUCUAAACUGUACAUACCGCUUACUUGUGCAAUAAACAUUUUAUUCAGUUUCAAUAUCAGAUAA